AUGAAGCAGAAGCAGACACAAGCAAUGGCGGGGGCAGGGGAGAAAGAAAAUGCAGAAUCAGCCAUGGGAAUGAAAAUGAAGAAGCAGGGUCAUGGGAGAACCAAUGCAAACCAAAACACAAAACAAUACACAAUAGCUAACGAGAAAAAACAAAGGUUUAAGUCGUGCUUUAAGAAGAGUUAUAGAAGAGCCCUGGGGAGAGAAGAUAAUUGUAAUUCAGAUGAAGCUCCUCAGCGGCGAAGGCCCACAACAUCCACACGUAAGCAACGAGAAGCUGCCGAUGUUGCUGAGGAUGCUCCUCACGUGGAUCACGCAACUGAAGAGGUCUUCAAACAACACAAAGAAGCAGUCGUUGAUGACCAAGGUUUUCCAGGCAGGUCAUGUGACACAUCAGUUUUGACUGCCUAUGGUGAUCAUGUUGCAGCCAUUGAACGUCCUAAAUUGAAGCUAUCCUCCCAUGGAAGGAAGGUUCAAAAAUUUGGGAGGCCUGCUGCUGAGAUUGAAGGGUUAGUCGUUGUCAUAGGAUUAAGUCCUUUGAUUGCAUGUUCAUUGGACACUAGCAAUCGGGAACUUUUAUCAGCUUUUAUGGAGAGGUGCCAUAAGGAGACUAGGAGUUUCCAUCUUCCAAUAGGAGAGGUCACCAUCACCCUCGAUGUUGUGGCCUCUUUACUUCAUUUGCCCAUCAUAAGCGUAUUCCACAACUUCAAGACUCUUCAUGUCGAUGAAGCGGUGUUGAUGUUAGUGGAGUUACUUGAAGUUAGUGGAGAUGAAGCCAGAGCUGAGAUAGUACAGUGUCAUGGGGCAUAUUGUUGGAUUUAUGAACAUUUUCCUUCUAUUGCUGAGGCUUUUACGGAUGAAGACUAUGAUGAAAGGUCACCCCGUGCCUAUCACUGGACCUCUAUGAAUGCAUUACCAUCAUUGACGUAUCGAAAGCGUCUAGAUCGACUGACGACUACUGAGGUUUGCUGGAUGCCUUAUGGUGACCACCGUGCAGUUAGAGAGUUUGACCUGAUUUCAUGUUUUUCUGGACAUAUCCAAUGGGGUUCUGUUGUUGUCAUACACCAACCAGAGAGGGUUAUGCGACAAUUUGGGUAUGUUCAGACGAUUCCUCCACACUCUCUGGGUUAA